AUGGCGACCCCUGUCAUCAUUGAAGCCUUCUCCCCAAGACAACCAUCAUUAUCCUUUCAUGGGUUCAGUGAAAUCCCUACCAGAAUCUCAGCCGACUUCUUUGUAGAAAUUGACAAAAUUCAUACGGAAAUUCAAGGGACUUGGAAUAAUGAAAACAAUUUUGAAAAAGAAAAACAAGGAAUCCUGAUCCUGGGGCUCCUAUUGGCUACUCCCAGCUGCCUUGGCUACUUGGAGGACCUGGCCAAGUGCCUUCAGGACCCCGAAUAUGAGUCCAGUCUUGUCACGGCGCAGGAGGGACUCCACACCUCCCCGGUGCCCAAGCGCGUGGUAGUAGUGGGAGCUGGUAUGUCAGGCCUGGUGGCGGCCAAGGCCCUCCAGGAUGCUGGCCACCAGGUAACCAUCCUGGAAGCCAGCCACCACAUCGGGGGUCGAGUCAGCACAUUCAGGAACGAGAAGGAGGGCUGGUACCAUGAACUGGGGCCCAUGCGAAUCCCAAAGUCCCAUAGGCUGGUUCAUACCUACAUCAAGAAGCUUGGCCUGAAGCUGAACAAGUUCACAUCAUAUGAUGGCAACACCUGGUACCUCAUCAAAGGACAACGCUAUCGCACCAGGGAGGUCCAGGACAAUCCAGAGGUCCUGGGCUAUUCCGUAAGCCCAACGGAGAAGGGCAAAAGCCCUAUGAAUCUCUUCUACCAGUCCAUUGCCAAGCUCAAAGAAAAUCUGAACAACUUCAACUGCAGCCACCUGCUGUCCUUUUAUGAUUCUUACUCCACCAAGGCUUACUUGGUGAAGGAAGGGAUGCUGAGCGAAGGAGCAGUAAAGAUGAUUGGGACUGUGAUGAAUGAGGAUUCUGGAUACUAUAAGUCCUUCCUAGAGUCCCUGUGGGAUAGCUUCAUCUUCUCCAAAAGUAACAACUUUUCCGAGAUCACCGGUGGCUUCGACCAGCUCCCCAAAGCCCUCAGCGCUAGCCUGAAGCCUGGCACCAUCCGCCUGGGCUCCAACGUGGAGACGGUAGUGAGGGAUGGGCCUGAAGUCCGGGUCUCCUACCAGCUGGGCAAGCCAAGGUGGGCACUGAACACCCUCACCGCGGACUUUGUCAUCAUCACGGCCUCAGCCAAGGCCACGCGCCUCAUCACCUUUAAGCCACCGCUCUCCCCAAACAAGACGGAAGCACUCCGCUUGGUGCAUUACACCAGUGCCACCAAGGUGAUCCUGGCCUGUGAGGAGCCCUUCUGGGAGCGGGAUGGCAUCCGGGGUGGGGUCUCUGUCACCGACAGGCCCUCGCGCUACAUCUACUACCCCAGCCACAGCUUCCCCAGUGGCAAGAGCAUCCUGCUGGCCUCUUACACCGUGGACGAUGACUCUCACUUCUUCACAUCCAUGACGCAUGAGCAGUUGGAGGAUGUGGUCCUGGAGGACCUGGCGGCCGUGCACCAGAUACCCAAGGAGGAGCUGCGGCGCAUGUGCCCCUCCUCCGUGGUUAAGCGCUGGUCUCUAGACCCCCUCACCAUGGGUGCCUUCACUGAGUUCACACCCUACCAGUUUAUCGACUAUUCACAGGAGCUCUUCAAGCCCGAGGGCCGCAUCCACUUUGCAGGCGAGCACACCAGCCUGCCCCAUGGCUGGAUAGACACUGCUAUCAAUUCUGGCCUGCAAGCGGCCGGGAAUAUCCAGGCUGCUGUGGAUGAGGAGGCCACGGGAGAGUAGAAGACAUUCACUCACACCCAGAACCAUUUCUAACCUAGAGAGAAACCCCUGAGGGAAUCUGGCAGGAAAAGGGCUGGGAGGUGGGAGUUGGAGGCAGAGACCCAGGAGAGAGGUCACCAUUAGUCCCCCUGGCCCACAAGCAAGAAUCUAAAAAUGCGGAAGAAUCAGCUGUCAAGUCCACAAAGAAUCACUCCCUUUCCUGCUUCUCUCCCCUGCCAGGCCUUGAGGAGGGAAGCAACUGAGUCAACAUAGAUGGAGGGUAGGAUCAAAUCAAGGAUGGUGAGCACUAGAAUCAGCCCUUAGCUUGGAUUGUCUCCUGCUGCGUAAUUGUAACAAGCAAAAGAGAAAAGCUCCAGCAGUGCCCUAAUUUCUGUCAUAUACAACCAGAAGCUUCUAAAGGAACAGACAAACCCCAAACCAUAGCAAUGUUAAACCACAGAUUAGCCACACACAAACCCACAGAGCAUAUAAACCCCAUCAUUGCGUGCCUGAGCUGGGAGCCUCACAUCUUGGCCCAACAUGAAAUCUAGAUGGAUGGGAGAGAUAAGGGUUCUUCUCUGUUCUUUUUGAGCUUGCAAGAGCAGGAUCUUGGCUUCCUAGA